CCCAUUAUUCUAUGCUUCCCUUCCCAUGUGUUUGGCCGUGAAAAUUCCACACGGGAGCCCAGUAUUUACUUGAGAUUUUAUUCUGAAUAAUUAUCCUGAGGUAUUUAUCGCUUUUGUGACGUGGCAGUCUAUUUCUAUGUUGUUAGAAAUUAUUAUUUUCGUGAAGUAACCAUUCCAAAUCCAAGUCAUCGUGAAAUUCGCCUGCCGGCGCGGUGGUCUUGAUGACUCAUACGUAUCAAGUAUCUCUGAUCUGAACACUUGACAGAACAGCAGAGCGAAGAAUAUACUUACUAACUUACUACAUCGGAGUUAAUCUUCAGAUUAAGAAAUCGCUCCAACCUCCCAAAUGAGACGCAAUAAAGCUCGUGAGGGACCUCGGAGGGGUCCAUACCACAAAGUAUAUGCCGAUCAGUAUGUACAGUGCAGAACAGAAAGGAGGCGAGAUCCUGGCAUUGAUGAGAAUAAAUGUCACAUGUGCAGCAUUUCAUUCGCCUCACAAGAAGAAUAUGAAGAGCAUCAAAAUGAUAUUGAACACAAGGCCAGGAAGGAGUUUCGGCUGAACCGUCGUGAAGUCAAGAAAAAUUCAGCCUGUGGCAUAAAGGUUGAGUUUGAAGCGGAGGAAAUUUUUCUCGAAGUCAACCAGCAAAAGAAAGUAAACUUCAAUCUGUCAAAUCGCACUGAAAGAGAUGUUACUUUGGAAUCAAUAAUACCAUUAAUGAAAUUAAAUGUUGUGCCUGGAGUGCAAAUCAUCGGAGCCAAGGGCGUUUCCAUUGGACCUGGUCAGUCCUUGCUCUAUAAAAUGGUUGUUGGAUUUGGUGCAGAAACUGGCAUUUUUGUGUACCCAUUAAUUUUUCAAUUCCUUGGAGUAGCUGGUUCCAUCUACGUCUACAGAGAACUAAAAUUUUACUCUUUUACAUCUAGUUCAGAAUCGGGAUUAUAUUCAGCCUUGGCUCCGAUUUCGCCGUACAAACCACAAAAUCACCUGUUUGUUCACCUGGUUGAACUGCCAACUAUAUGGGCUCCUCCUCUUGAGAAGGAAGAAAGGGUCAAUGCUCUUCCAAAAAGAAUUCAGCUUGAGAAAUACCCCGUACCAAAUCUCUUGUCCAAACUCGUGAACCAUCAUCUCAAUCCUGCUGAAUUUGAGGACGAACUUGAUGAAGCUGGAAGAAAAGAAAUCAGGAAACUUCUAGACGUGAUCUGCCACAAAAAGCCGAAUUCCGAAGUUCUCACCAAACAGAAUUACGUAGAUAGAUUCCGUGUCUUGUUACAUUUAGAGGAAAUGCAGAUUCGAAAAGAGUUGGCGGACUACAAUAUGAAUGAUGCAAUUCUCUUCAAAGCCCCAACCAAUCAAGGGCUCCUUGCUCUUAAGAUUCCAGGAUUAGUUGAGAAUCGCCCAAGUGUUGUUCGUGGCGAUAGUAUUUUUAUAAGAUCGGACAGAGACAAAGAAUUCAGAUAUGAAGGCAAAGUGGCGCAUGUGAACAAAGAUUCAGUCGAGCUUCUAUUUGAUCCUCGCUUUUACCGACUGUAUAAACCUGGUGAUAAGGUUAGUGUUCAGUUCGACAUUAACACGCACCAGUUUCAAGUAGCCCACCGAGCCAUUGAACGCAUGAAAAACUUUGACAUUCUGUUUCCUACAAAAGAUAUCCUCCUGAAUGUUGAUCCUGAUACGCCAAUAGAAUUCUUUGAUGAUAAAAUCAAGUCCAAUCCCGAACAAAUGCAAGCUGUGCGGAAUUGUGUCGAUGGAUCAUCUUUCCCAGCCCCAUACAUCAUAUUUGGACCUCCUGGAACCGGAAAAACAUCCACCUUAAUCGAAAUUGUUAAACAGCUUUGGCUGCGAGCAAGUGACCGCAAUUUUAAAAUCAUGAUUUGUGCGCCUUCCAACUCAGCUGCUGAUCUUAUCACUGAGUUGCUUCUACAAUCAAUCCCUGUGAGUGAUGUAUACCGUUUAUACUCAGUUUCAAGAUCCUAUGAUUCCGUUCCGGAGAAAAUCAAGAAUUCCACCUCUUGCAAUUAUGAUGGUAACGGGAGAGUAUGGUACCCUGAAGUAGGUAAACUUAAGGCAUACAAAAUUAUAAUCACAACAUUGGUGGCAUCUGCAAGAUUGGUAACGGCCGGUCUUGGGCUGGACAACCAUUUCAGCCACAUCAUAAUAGAUGAAAGUGGUCAGGCUGAUGAACCACAGGCCUUAAUUCCGAUCUCUGGAUUCGCUGGAUUCAAACCGAAAGACGGUGUCCGCCGAGCUCAAAUUAUUCUUGCUGGAGAUCCCAAUCAAUUAGGACCUAUCAUCUGCGGCCGUUUAUCUGAGCUUAUGGGGCUUAACAUUUCACUUCUAGAAAGGUUAAUGAGCCUUGAACUCUACCAAAAAAACAACAAUAAGUACAACCCUAAUGUCAUCACAAAGUUGGUUCAAAACCACCGUUCCCAUGGUGCUGUGAUUGAAGUCUCCAAUAUAUUGUUUUAUGACAAUGAACUGAAGGUCAAUGGAGACAAGAAUAUAAUAAAUAUGGCAGUCGGCUGGUCUCAGUUACCAAAUAAAAACUACCCUGUCAUAUUCCAUGGUGUUAAAGGCGAAGAAGAACGUGAAAGCUCCUCACCGAGUUGGUUUAAUCGAGCAGAAAUCGUUACCAUCGUAAAAUAUUUGAAAGCGAUCCUCGAACCAGGAAGUUUCAAUGGACAGACAAUCAAGCAGGAAGAUGUUGGAAUCAUUUCUCCAUAUCAUAAGCAGGUUAUGAAAUUGCGGCAAGCUUGUGAGCUUCAAGGCUGGGCAACAGUUAAAGUCGGUUCUGUCGAAGAGUUUCAAGGCUCUGAGAAACUCGUCACCCUUGUAAGCACCGUUAGGUCCAAAGCAGAAGUCUUGAACCAAGACUUGAAGUACAAUUUGGGAUUCCUGAGCAACCCCAAGCGUCUGAAUGUUGCCCUAACGCGAGCCAGAGCUCUCUCAAUUGUAGUCGGUAACCCAGAUGUCCUGUUAUGGGACCCACGAUGGAGGACCUUCAUUUUGCAAUGCCGCAGCAAAGGCGCCGUUUCCAAAAAAGGGUAUUUCAACAAGGAAGCAUUGGAACAAUCAAGGGAGGUGCCAGAUCUAGCACAGGAUAUGGAUGGACUUAGAAUCUGAGCGUAAUUGCCCCAAGGUAUCUUAUUUUCAUGUUUCCUACAUUUCGUCACCUUGUUCAAAUUAAAAUUUCCUACAGUUCGUCAUCUGUUUCAAAUUAAAAUUUAUUUUUAUAAAAAUGUUUUUGUGUAAACUGAAAGUUUUUAACUCGAAAAUGAGCUUUUUUUAUUCUCCUACGAUUUUACUAACUAAAUUAUUUUCCAAGUGUUGAUUUUUUAAAUACCUCAAUUCUUUUAAAAAAUUCUGUUACCGUAUCAUAUCAACACUAUUUUUAUUCCAUGAUGUUACCAUUAUCUCUGUUAAAUUCAUUACUAAAUUCUUACCAUUGUUACUUUCAUGUUAAAUUUUUUAACCGCCAAGUUCAUAGCCUGGUCUUUGUGACAAGCUGUUAUUUCAACAUCCUUACCUAUUUUUUUAAGCAUCCUGUUAAAGUACUUGUUCUAGUUCUAAGUGCCAUCUAGUUUUAUCUUUUAAUUUUCUGCUGUACCAGAUGUGUCUUUUACAAUUAUUGACAAUUUUUGCCGUAUUCGGAGUUUUUAAGCAUAAUAGUGAAAAGAAUGUUUACUUUCUCAAGUCACCUGAUAUUUUCUUACAAGAGAACACAUGUUUAAAUUACUCCAAUGUAUUUACUUUUCAAAUUAUUUCUACCAACCAGUACAUGGUAAUUAUUGGUAGGCAUUCUAAGUAGCAUUAUAUUCCCUUUCAGUUGCAUUUGUUAAGUUAGAUGUUAUUCUUUUUUUAUUUCAUUUAUUCAUUGUUGCCUGCAAGCGUCUGUGCCAAGUUAGAGCACUCUUUUUAAAUACAAAUUUCACAACUGCCUUUUGAAUUUUGUUGAACACUCAGUGUUAUCAGAAAUCUAUUUUUGUGUAACCUUCCUUAUUACAUAUUUUCUUAAGUCUUGCAAUGAAAAUUCAUUGUCCAUUGUGUGAUCAUCAAUCAAUUGAUGCUAACUACUUUUCGCUCCGCACACUGUUACAUUCCUUCAUCCAUUUCUCUGGUUCUUAAAUGUAAGUUUCAAUAAAUUUUUUUAUAAUCUUUUAA